UCAUUUUUCACCACCAUGGCUGACUUUUCCUACCACCAACAAUCACAAUCUACUCAACCAUCCUUUCGCUUUCGCUACCGUGAUGAUCCACACCAACAAACCCUUUGCACCCAGGUGGCUAAGGCAGCCACAGCUGUCACCACCGGUGGCUCCCUCCUUGUCCUUGCUGCCUUAAUCUUGACCGGCACAGUCAUUUCUCUGACAGUUGUUACUCCACUAUUUAUCAUUUUCAGUCCUGUUUUGGUUCCUGCAGUCAUCGCAGUUGUCCUCCUGAACCUUGGAUUCUUGGUCUCAGGUGGGUUUUGUGUGAUGGCUAUCACUGUGUUGGCAUGGAUAUAUGGAUAUGUGACUGGGAAGCACCCACCUGGUGCUGAUCAAUUGGACAGUGCUCGUCACAUGCUCUUGAACAAAGCACGAGAGAUCAAGGACUAUGGACUAACCCAGCAAAUCAGUGGUGGAGCUCAGACUUAUUAAUGAAUGAAUGAACAAAUCAGUGGUGGAGCUCAGACUUAUUAAUAAAUGAAUGAACAAAGUUAAAUGUAGUUUUCCUAUGUUCUCAUCGAUUUUGAGUUUUCUCAUCAUCACUUUUGUUAGUGUUUUCAGUGAAUUAAGAAAAUCUAUUUGUCUGUUGCAUUUUUUUAAAGUUAAUAUCCAAUUUUAUGAUUCU